AUGCAAUUCAAGAUUGUUAUUGCCGCUCUCGCUUCCAUCGCUGCUGCUCAAAACGUUUCUAACGCUACCAACGGUACCAACGGUACCAACGAGACCACCUCUGUCUCCACUGGUGCUGCUGCUUCCAACGCUGUCUCUGCUGGUGUCUUCGGUGCUGCCGUUGCCGCUGAUCUGGCCGCCUCCAUCGAAUCAGCCGAUAGUGAUGAUCGAAUCACCGUUAAAUCCCAAUCUGGGUCCAUCAGUAUCAGCUCAACCUCACUUGUGAAGUUUACUCAGAAUCAAGAUCAAAAGGAGUUCCCUUUCUUAUUAGAUCUAUCCAGCUCAAAGAAAAUCAACAUUCGUUUGUCAUUCAUGGAUAAUGAGCUCAGACCAGACUUACAACUAAAGGUUUGGAAUUCAGAUCUUGAUGCAGUGGUGCAGCGUAGUCUCAGAAAUGAUCAAGCCGCAGGUGUCACUUUUGAAAUAUGUGUUAAAGAAUCAGGCAAGUACUAUAUCGCAAUAUCAUAUGGAGAUGAACUCCUAGUUUCAUGGAGCUCAUAUGUGGUUGUGGACAAAUGCAUGGAGAUGGUUGAAGAAUCACCAGAAAUACAGGGCUUUGAAGACCAUCCGAUGGAGCUACCCUCCGAUGGAACGCAAUACAGAAGAGUAAUAGUAACCAAAGAGAGGCUUAUCGUUGAAAUGAUAAGCACUCUGAAAGUGCUGAUCAAAAGAGCACAGACGUUGGAUGAACAAAUGAGAAACGUUGCAUUGGCAAGGUCAAGAUUCUCUUCUUAUCUGUCGAACCUGGCAAACCUUGGCCAUGGAUUAGGGAAUGACAUCCUGGUUGAAAUGGUGGGCAGUCUGAUAUCCACCCUUACCGAGCAAUCAAAGAGGGAUAUUGAAGAGUCUGGUAGACUUGUGCAGAACGUAACUACGCCACUGAUCGACCUGUACAAUUCACCGGCUUUCAGUACAUUCCACACAAGGGUAAAGCUCUACAACAAAGACCUUGCAGAGUACCAUUCGACUGUUGCUACAACAAGCGCAAAACCCCCUUACUCUCACUAUGAGUUGAUGAGGUUCGACCACUUCCAUUUCCUCAACGAGCUUGUUGGUGGGCUGGCAAUGCGAAAGUUGCUGACGGACCUCUCACAGUACCUCGUUGCACACACAACACAGGUCAAAUCAGCCGCUGUCGCGAAGGCAUCACCAACCGAGUGUACCAUCAACAAACACAUUCCCAAAAUCGACUUUCUAUACAAGAACUACAAGGAAAACUACCAAUCGGAGCUAAAGGGGAUGCGGGAUGUCCUUGUACUAAGUUUCGGACAACGUGAGGAUAAACAGGGAGGUAAACCUAUGUUUAAGAAGGAUAGUACCAACGGUGAUGCGCGGCCAAGCAGUCCGUUAGCAGGCAUUCCCAACUCUGGUGUGUUUUAUACCCUUGGAGGAAGAGGAAAGAGUGGAUGGCAUAAACAGCUUAUAGCGCUUAAGGAUAACUUCUUUCUGGAAUAUGUUGACUAUAAACAUCCUCACAAGCUUCGGAAUGAACCCCUGGACAUCACCUUUGCCUGUGUCAAAAGUGUGGACACUCUUAAGGACCGAAAGUACUGCAUAGAGGUUAUAACUCCAAAGAACGUGAAGCGGUUGUUCCAGGUCAACAGUGAGGACGAGAGGGAUGAAUGGGUACAGUACUUGAACAAAGCUGCUGCGCUGAAAGCAGAUGAUAACCAAUAUAACCAUGAGAAGAACGGCGUCAAACGACUCUCUGUGGUGAGGACAGCGGCUAGGGCCUCACAAAUACCCGCUCAGCCAGAUAUCCAGGCUUUGGAGAUUGGAGACGCUACGCCGUUGCAGCUUGUGAGAGAUGUUGACCCAUCCAAUGUGAAAUGCUGUGAUUGCGGAAGCACCGUGGGUGUUGAAUGGAUAUCUUUGAACCUCCUUGUUGUUGUGUGUAUCAAGUGUUCUGGCGUACAUCGCUCAAUGGGAACACACAUCUCCAAGAUACGGUCUUUGGAGUUGGAUGAGAAGGUGUUUGCCUCUAAGGAAAUGCAUGAGCUGUUGUACCAUGUUUCCAAUAGGCUGGUGAACUCAUACCUUGCCAACGAUACAACCAUUUCGCCAGACUGCUCCGACGAGGAGAGAAAGAACUACAUUGUGAAAAAAUAUGUGAAUAAGGACUUCUUACAAAAGGAUGUAUCCUUCAACCCUAACGAUGCUCUUAUCAAGGCUGUUCACUCAGCUAAUAUUCCCCUUGUACUCAAGGCCUUGAUAUAUGGAGCCAAUACCUCGUUAGUUGUUAUCAAAGAUGUCCAUGGCGAACGGAAAGAGGUGACGCUGUUCGAAUACUCCCUAACACAUUGUCAUGGUGACCCAGAUAGACCAAUCUUUGAUGUCUCUCAAUUGCUGAUUUUCAACAACGUUCUCCAUGGCGAUGAAGUUAACCCAGUCUUGGACCUCAACAGGCACCAACUGGCCUUUUGGGCGUCAACAAUCCCCAAAAAGUCGGUGGUUAAACCACAAUCAUUACGUACACAGCCUGAAAAGCAGGAAAAGGCUAAGCAUAAGUCAAUCAAAAGAUCACAUACAAUUAUGGUGCCAUCAGCAAGGAAAGGCCCAUCCCCAAGCGUUGCACCAGCUGACACAAAAUCCAAGAGAUUGAGUAUGUUCAAGAUCCCUCAUUUCAGACCAUCGUCGAGCCAUUAA